GGUAGGGACCUGCUGCGGGGGGAUGGAGGAGCAUGGGUACCCUUUCUAUAGCGCCCGCAGCCCCGCCUGGGAAGAACUGGAGUCCGGGAAGAUGGCCGGGGCCGAGGCAGGGAUGAGCGGCGCCGGGAUCCCGCAGCUGCCCCAGCCCCAGCCCCCGACGGCGGCGGCGGGGACGGCGGACGAGUCGUCGGACAGCGAAGGGGAGCACGAGGGCCCCCAGAAACUCAUCCGGAAAGUGUCCACCUCGGGCCAGAUCCGCAGCAAGACAAGUAUAAAAGAAGGAUUACUACUGAAGCAAACCAGUUCUUUUCAGAGGUGGAAAAAGCGUUACUUCAAACUCCGAGGUCGUACCCUUUACUAUGCUAAGGAUUCAAAGUCUCUAAUAUUUGAUGAAGUUGACCUGUCAGAUGCCAGCGUAGCUGAAUCAAGCACAAAAAAUGUCAACAACAGCUUCACGAUAAUCACUCCAUUUAGGAGGCUAAUACUGUGUGCUGAGAACAGAAAAGAAAUGGAGGACUGGAUAAGCUCUCUGAAGUCCGUUCAGUCCAGAGAACACUAUGAGACCGCACAGUUUAAUGUGGAACAUUUCUCAGGGAUGCAUAACUGGUACGCCUGCUCCCAUGCCCGACCUACCUUCUGUAACGUGUGUAGAGAGAGCCUCUCUGGAGUCACUUCUCAUGGCCUGUCCUGUGAAGUGUGUAAGUUUAAAGCACAUAAAAGAUGUGCUGUCCGAGCAACAAAUAACUGCAAAUGGACUACAUUAGCCUCAAUUGGAAAAGACAUCAUUGAAGAUGAAGAUGGUAUAGCUAUGCCUCACCAGUGGCUAGAGGGUAAUCUGCCCGUCAGUGCCAAAUGCGCAGUCUGUGACAAGACUUGUGGCAGUGUUCUACGCCUGCAAGAUUGGAAGUGCCUUUGGUGUAAAGCUAUGGUUCACACUGCCUGUAAAGAUCUGUAUCCUCGUAAAUGUCCACUUGGCCAAUGUAAGGUAUCGAUCAUACCUCCAACAGCACUAAACAGUAUAGACUCUGAUGGUUUCUGGAAAGCCACAUGCCCGCCAUCCUGUGCCAGUCCUCUUUUAGUUUUUGUUAACUCAAAGAGUGGAGACAAUCAGGGAGUAAAGUUUCUUCGUCGAUUCAAACAGUCGUUAAAUCCAGCUCAGGUGUUCGAUUUAAUGAAUGGAGGACCUCACUUAGGUUUGCGAUUAUUUCAGAAGUUUGACAAUUUCAGGAUUCUUGUGUGUGGCGGCGAUGGAAGCGUGGGUUGGGUCUUGUCAGAAAUUGAUAAGCUCAGCUUGCACAAGCAGUGUCAAUUAGGAGUGUUACCCCUUGGCACUGGAAAUGACCUCGCUCGUGUCCUUGGCUGGGGAGGAUCCUGUGAUGAUGAUACACAACUUCCUCAGAUUUUGGAGAAGCUCGAACGAGCCAGCACAAAAAUGUUAGACAGGUGGAGUAUAAUGUCAUAUGAACUGAAAUUACCAGCAAAGCCUUCUAUUCUUCCAGUGACUGCAGAAGAGUCAGAGGAAUGCCAGAUAUCUGCUUACGAGGACUCAGUUGCUGCUCAUCUUGCAAAAAUUCUCAAUUCAGAUCAGCACUCAGUUGUCAUAUCAUCUGCCAAAAUAUUAUGUGAAACUGUAAAGGAUUUUGUUGCCAAAAUAGGGAAGACUUACGAAAAACCAGUGGAAAAUGCAGAGGAAGCUGAUGCUAUGGCCAUUAAAUGCUCAGAGUUAAAUGAGAAGCUAGACUUACUGCUCCAGGCUCUUCAUACAGAAGCUCAGGCUGCUCCCAUUCUCCCAGACAUCACUCCCCCCAUUGUGGAGGAAGAAGGAGAGGAGUUUUCAAGUGAAGAAUCCUUGUCUGAAAGUAAAGAGCUAUUAGCGGAGUGUGUCUCAAAGUCUUCCACCCAGAAACUCUUCAAACCAAGGGAACAGUUAAUGCUCCGGGCAAACAGCUUGAAGAAGGCUGUGAGACAGAUCAUUGAACAAGCAGAAAAAGUUGUGGAUGAGCAGAAUGCUCAUAAUGAAGAACAAGUGAACCAGUCCCCUGUAGAAUAUAGCAAAGAAUUGGACGACUCCAAAGAAGAGGAAAAAGAGGAAGAUACAAAGGAACUUGAGUCCCCAUCAAUGAAAACAGCACCAAGAUCUCCAGAUCGACCUACAAGCCGAGGUGUCCAUUCUCAGGCAGGUUCAUUAUCAGCUCCAGCUUUGGCUGCAAGCAAGGAAAACCUCCCAGUGCUUAACACUAGGAUAAUCUGCCCAGGUUUGAGGGCUGGUCUAGCUGCUUCUAUUGCAGGAAGUUCAAUUAUUAGCAAAAUGUUGCUGGCAAACAUUGAUCCAUUUGGUGCUACGCCGUUUAUUGAUCCGGAUCCAGAUUCACUGGAGGGAUAUUCAGAAAAAUGUGUCAUGAACAACUACUUUGGAAUUGGGUUAGAUGCAAAAAUUUCACUAGAAUUUAAUAACAAGCGAGAAGAGCACCCUGAAAAGUGCAGAAGUCGGACCAAAAACAUGAUGUGGUAUGGAGUUCUUGGCACAAAAGAGUUACUGCAGAGAACGUACAAGAACUUAGAACAAAAAGUUCAACUUGAGUGUGACGGACAGUACAUCCCCCUUCCAAGUCUGCAGGGCAUAGCUGUGCUAAACAUUCCCAGCUAUGCUGGUGGGACUAAUUUCUGGGGUGGAACCAAAGAAGAUGAUAUAUUUGGGGCUCCAUCAUUCGAUGACAAAAUCUUGGAAGUCGUGGCAGUAUUUGGCAGCAUGCAGAUGGCAGUUUCCAGAGUCAUCAAACUGCAGCACCACAGGAUAGCUCAGUGCCGGUCAGUAAAGAUCACCAUACUUGGUGAUGAAGGGGUUCCAGUGCAAGUGGAUGGAGAGGCAUGGAUCCAGCCCCCAGGAGUGAUUAAGAUCAUACAUAAAAACAGAGCUCAGAUGCUAACACGAGACAGAGCCUUUGAAAACACCCUGAAGUCUUGGGAAGACAAACAGAAGUAUGACUCCUGUAAACCUGUCAUUCGAUCUCCCUUGUGCCCUCAACAGGCUGUUGAGUUGGCUACAGAGGAAGAAGUUGGACAGAUCCAGUUGUGCUCACAAGCUGCAGAAGAACUUAUUACCAGAAUCUGUGAAGCAGCAAAAAUACAUGGCCUCUUGGAGCAGGAGCUUGCUCAUGCUGUUAAUGCAUGUUCGCAUGCAUUAAAUAAAGCCAACCCAAGGUUUCCUGAGAGCCUUACCAGAAACACAGCCAUGGAGAUAGCAGUCAAUGUGAAGGCCCUACAUAACGAAACUGAAUCUCUGCUAUUAGGAAGAGUUCCUUUGCAGUUAGAAGCUCCCCAUGAAGAACUGGUGUCUGAUGCUUUGCACAGCGUGGAAAUAGAGUUGAGAAAACUUGCUGAGGUGCCUUGGCUUUAUUAUGUUUUUCAGCCAAACGAUGACGAGGAUCCCCCUCUGGAUUAUGCUAAAAGAAACAACAGAAGCACAGUGUUUCGCAUAGUGCCAAAGUUUAAAAAAGAAAAAGUUCAGAAGCAUAAGACUAGCCCUCAGCCUGUUCAAAAAUGGGGCACAGAUGAAGUUGCUGCUUGGCUGGAUCUGCUCAGUUUGGGAGAGUACAAAGAAAUCUUCAUCAGCCAUGACAUCCGAGGCUCUGAGCUUUUACAUCUGGAAAGGCGAGAUCUUAAGGACCUGGGGAUAACGAAAGUGGGUCAUAUGAAGCGAAUUCUCCAGGGAAUUAAAGAGCUCAGCAAGAACAACCCUUUGUCUGAAGUGUAAUUACUCUGGUGCUCUACCUAGAGAGAGAAGGGAAAGUUGCUGGAGAAGCAAAGCUGUUGCAGGCACAUAGCUGUCUGUGUAGAUUACUCUAUGGAAGAAUAAGCACCGGUGUGUUUGUACAGGCUAGUAUCUCUGAAUUCUUGUAUGGUGAAGAGCUUGCUGCAAGAGUACAAAAGGAUUUGUGCCAAAAAAAGAAAAUGAAAAAAACAGGAAAAAGAAAAAAAAAAAAAAGGAAAAGGUGAUUUGCUCUGCAAAGAUGUUUUCUUGAUGUGCAAACUUGGCCAGUUCAGAUAAGCACAUUUGGGUAGAUGGAUUGGUUUAUGGUGAACUGUACUGACUGGAAAAUAUAAUCAAGAAAUUAUUGCUUUGCUUACAUGCAGCUCAGUAUGCCUCUCUUUAUGCUGCAGCAAGAUACCACUGUACAGCAUGAGGUUAUCCAGUUAGCCUUUGGAGGCAUAGCUCCAUAAAACCUCCUGUGCAGGAGACAGAGAGGUUUGGGAGGUUGAACCCGUGAGCCAAGUAGUGCUGCAGGUGCCCAGCACUCACCGGCCACGCAGAAGGGGGAGAUACCUUCUGAUACCUUGAAUGCAAACUAUAAUGCAUGGUGUGCCUGCCUGGAUCGCCUGUUGUUCUGUUGCAUGACACAUCUGAUACUUUAAACACUUGAACAACUUUUGUAUCGGUUUGAAUGAGAUUUAAUUUAUUGCUACUUGAGCGUCUUGUUUUGUUUUGUUUCUCAGUUUCAGGCACUUUUCUAUUCUUCAGUGUUGUGUUAUGCCUAAAAUGUGUUCUACGGCAAAAGGAUGUGUGGGUGUGGAAACUUAGCAUUUGUGCCAUAUUCAGCAGAUGAUAUGCAGUAUAUAGCAUUGAAACACUGUACAGUUAGAUUUUUAAAUAUGCGAUGUACAGAAGGUAUAUCAGGUAACUAACUUAUGAGUAUUUUUGAAAGACCGGUACCUCACAAAAAUAUCAGUUGGCUUCCUGCAUGGAAAACGAUAAAGAAUUUUCUCAUGGUGCAUUUUAAUGUAGUUACUCAGUUAUCUUAAACAUCUGUAGCAUAUUUGAACUGUUAGGCACUAAUCGUUUUAUUUAUUCUGUUGUUCAAAAAGCAGGGUGAAAGAUUAAUGAAAAUGAAUGAAAAAUUUUUACAGGAAACUUCAUUUUAUUUAUCAUACAUACGAGUUUGAAAAUGUAGCAGCUGAUUUGAUUUUUGUGGGGUAAGCUUUUACACAUUACUAAUUAACUAUUUGAAAAUGUCUCUGUAUGCAUUUCCUUACAAAGGCAUCAACCUGUUUCUUCUCAACACUCCUACGUUAGAAGAUCAUAACAAUUUAAAAAACCAGACUGUAAGGUCUUACACUAUGCAUGCCAAGAUGAAUCCCGUGCAAGAUAAUAAUCCAUGAGUGUAAACAGGAUGAAAAAAGAAAAUAAUCUUUGUUGAGAAAUUGCUUUAGACCAGAAUUUAUAAGGUUAUUUACCAUUGACUUAAACAAAAUAUAGCUUCAGAAUCAAAUUUCCUGGUUAAUUUUUCACAGAAGUAUUAAACUAGUAGACAAAUAAUUUGCAUAUAUCUGCAAGAAGCCUACAUAAAUGCUUGUGGUGAGAUGAAAUUGCACCACUUGCCAGAAAACUUGCACAGAACCGCUCUCUCCUUGCUGCUUCUAACAGUGUGUCAUUGUGGCACGAGGGACACGUGACUUUUUCUUAAUCUUGUAUCUUUGGCAUUUCUUACAGGUUAAAGAGGACCUUAAUGUAUAUUUAUGGUUUCCUUGUAAGAAGCAGAGUAAACUUUAAUUUCUUUUUUCCAAACCUUAUUUUCCCUGUUUAAAGGGGCCAAUAUCAAGUACUGCAUCCUGGUUUUGCCCUGUCUUCCGAGUGUGAUGGGAGUCAUCCCUUGGAAGGUAGAUAGGAAUUGUCCCUGGGAAAGGAAUAUCUAUUCCUCUCACUGUUUUAUUGUAAAAAAGGAAGAAGAAAAAAAAAAUAAAAGAAGAAAAAAAGUAGAAAAACAGGCUGUAUUUAUAUCCAAUGAUAGUACAAUGUAUUCUUGCUGCUGUAGGUUCAACAGGCACCACUCUGGGAGCUCUGUGGACACAAUUGAUUAUUCUGGUAAAUAAACAAAAAUAAAAGCCUGUAUUCCAUUACCUUUUCUGCAAAAAACCAACCAAAAUCCCUUUGCCAAGUGACAUGAUUUUCAUGUUGUUGUAUGAAAAGCAUAUGCAAACAAUGGAAAGUUAGGCAAACAAUUGAAAGAUUUUUUUCUGUGUGUGUGUGUAUGUACUUGACAUUCACCCCUUUAAUGAUUUUCAGAUGGCAUCUCUCACGUCUCACGUCUGCAAGUUGUAUUUCCUUUUUUCUUUGUUUCUCCAUAAGUGUACACUUUAUUUUAAUGUUUGGCAGCAUUCUAGUUUAUUGAUUUUACAGUAGACUAUGUAGUAGACUAAGUUCAUCUUCCUGGUCGAUUCAAGGACAAAAUACACAGAAGAACUUCCUUUGCUUUCCUGAUUGUAGGAUACACUCUCUUUCCAACUUUAAGCCUUGCUAUAUGCCAUGUGUUAAGACAGGCUGUGCAACAGGAUCUCUUUGGGUCUCUGUAGAGGUGUAUGCUGAGUACAUUAAAAAAUGGGAGCUGCUUUUAGGCAGGGAAAAUGGGCAAGUGUGGUUGGUAACACAACUUUCUUAUGGCACUCCUCAGAUUACCUCAGUAUAGGACAACUAAUCAUUUGUCUUUGUAUAGUUCAUUUUUUAAAUGACCACCAAAGAAUUUAACUUUGAUUGUCCUAAGCAGAACUUUUUUUUUCAACGUGCCAGUAGAAAAAUAUAAUAAAUUGUAAGCAUCAUUUAUGCUGAAUUCAUUAGAUGCCCAGCAGAGCAAAUAUUAUGCAACUCUAUGCCUUAGACUAGUGUUGGCUAUCAAAUUCACAGGUGUCUGAUAAGAAGGAUCAAAAUGUUUUAUGGGGUUCUUCUGCCAAGAUCUUGAGUCUUAAUUGUGUUUUAGCGAUGUGGCUUUUCUAAAGAAACACUUUUGAACACAGUGCUACUAUCUCAUGAGUAUUGUUGAUUUCCAAGUAUUGUGUUUUUUUUUUCCUUACUGCUGUCAGUCCCAGCUCCUAGACCUAAGGACACAUAUAGCUACUUUUUUAAUGAACUGAAUUCUUUAUAAUUUAAGCCUCGUGUUUAAUGUGCUUCAUGCAUACAUCCCAAUAUUUCAACAAAAAUAAGGUAACACAUCCCUAACAGUAGGGUGUUGGGUUUUUUUUAGAAAACACCUUAUCCCAGUAGAUCUUGUGUAUCCCAAUUCAACAUACUAAAUUCAUCAAUAUAAAAAAAGUCACUCUAGAAAGUUUACAAGAUUAAUUUUUGUAGUUGAAUACACUCCAUUUCUAUGGUCAGUCAGCAUACCUUAAAAUCUUAAGGGAAUACAGAGCAAUUGGCAUUUUUUUUAAGUGUCUGGUGUUCAUAUGGAUGCAAUGUCUUAACCUUCAGAAAGAUGAAGAGGAGAAAUGCAUGUUUUAAAAAUGGCAGCACAUUGCUAAGUGCAUGUUUCUGUUUUGUCAUUUUCAGAUAAGACUUUUCCAGCUUACUGUAUUCAAUUCCUGUAGCAACCUCUGGUUCCUGAAAGUAUUGCCUUUAUAAUGUCUUAUGCCUUCUUCCUACAAACUGAAUGAAAUCAGGCAGACUCAUGGUUGUAGGUUUUUUUUACUAUACUUUCAAGAAAAAACUUGUUAAAAAAUGAAAUGUUUAAUAUUAUAGCAAUUGCAAUUUUUAUUUAUGACACAUUUUUUAUGUAUUUCCCCUUUACUACUAUUUUUCCUCCUGAACAUCUCGUUCUUUCAAAGAAAAAUAAUUUUUAACUUGGAAGAAGAGUAAAAUGCAACAUGUGAUCAAAACCCCUCUCAGAUUAUUUCAAUCCAGUACUUUGUACUUUGGGACUGCAGUAAACAUGCUUGGCCCUGUAAAUCAUAAAUAGAAGUAAUCUUUCACUUUCUGUCUCUGCCCAAAGAAAUUCAUACUGCAAUGUUGCAUAUCUGUAGUUCAAACAAGAGGAAUUGAUUGAUUUUUUUUUUUUUUAUAAUAGCCUGUUUCAUAUUUGUAGAGAAACAGAUAACCUGACAAUUUUAAUUGAAUGCAGCAAAGCUGAUUCUUUUAAUAAAAAUUUCAUAAUGCUUUGAUAAUGAACAAAUCUUAUUUUAAGAGUAAAAUUACUAGUGUUUUUCAAUGCAUUCAGUCUUUCUGGAAGACUGACAGAAGACCUUUUUUGCACAUAUAAUGGAAAAAUUAAUAUAUAAAGCAAAUAUGAGAAGAUAUUCCACAGUGCUACUUUAAAAAGAGGUGUAAAACAAUCUAUUAUACAUGUAUAUACAAUAUAUAAUUCUGCAAUGGACACGUAAUAGAAAAACCCUCAUAGUGAUUCCAUUUUGCUUGAUGCUUCCUUAUUAAUGAUUGCAUUAAUAACAUUUACUGCUGUUUCUCCAUUGCUCUCUCUGUGCCCCUAAGCAUGAAGUUCUUGCAAUUCAGUUUGACAGCUCUGGUGCAGAAAGUGUUUGUGAAAGAUACAAGUCAUAGGCAAAGUGUGUUGUUGAGGAUAAAUGAGCUGGAGCAAUAUAUUUAGCUUACAGCCAGGAAAUAAUCUUGUCAUUUGUGUGAGAGCCACAGAAAAAUAUAAAUUUAUUUUUUCACCCUAAUAACAUAAGUACCUCUCAACUGCAAUACCCUGAGUGUUACAUUUAAAGCACAGGCUUUUCCAUUUUUUUAUUCUGUUUU